AUGUUGUCCGGCAUCCUUAUUUUCAACCAGAAAGGCGAGAACCUCAUCUUCCGUGCCUUUCGUAACGACUGCAGACCCCGCCUUGCCGACGUCUUCCGGAUUCAAGUGAUCUCGAAUGCGCAGGUCCGGUCUCCCAUCUUGACUCUGGGAAGCACCACCUUCAGCCAUGUCAAGCACGAGAAUAUCUACCUGGUCGCCAUUACCAAGAGCAACGCCAAUGCAGCUCUAGUAUUUGAAUUCCUGUACCGUCUGAUCGGUCUGGGUAGAGGCUACUUUGGCAAAUUUGAUGAGGAAGCUGUUAAGAACAACUUCGUCCUUGUCUAUGAGCUACUUGACGAAAUUAUCGACUUCGGCUACCCUCAAAACACCGAGACCGACACUCUUAAAAUGUACAUCACUACCGAAGGUGUCAAGUCAGAACGUGCUGCCGAGGACUCGGCCAAGAUCACAAUGCAGGCGACUGGAGCUCUCUCAUGGCGCAAGGCCGAUGUUAAGUACAGGAAGAACGAGGCGUUUGUCGACGUCAUUGAAGAUGUCAACCUCCUCAUGUCCGCCACCGGAGCCGUCCUGCGCGCCGACGUAACGGGCCAGAUUAUUAUGCGUGCAUACCUCUCCGGUACCCCCGAGUGCAAGUUUGGCCUCAACGACCGGCUCCUCCUUGACAACGAUGGACUCCUAAGCCUGCCUAGUGGGAACAGGAUGGGCACCAAGGCGACCAAGGCGGCGGCGGGCAGCGUCACACUCGAGGACUGCCAGUUCCACCAGUGCGUCAAGCUCGGCAAGUUCGACAGCGACCGCAUCAUCUCGUUCGUGCCCCCCGACGGUGAGUUCGAGCUCAUGCGCUACCGUGCCACUGAGAACGUCAACUUGCCCUUCAAGGUACACGCCAUUGUCAACGAGGUUGGCCGGACCAAGGUCGAGUACAGCAUUGGCAUCAAGGCCAACUUUGGAUCCAAGCUUUUCGCCACCAAUGUUGUUGUCCGCAUCCCGACACCGCUCAACACUGCUAAGAUCACGGAGCGUUGCACCCAGGGCAAGGCCAAGUACGAGCCCAGUGAAAACAACAUCGUGUGGAAGAUUGGCCGCUUCACCGGCCAGAGCGAGUUUGUGCUUAGUGCCGAGGCACUUCUCACCAGCAUGACAAACCAACGUGCCUGGUCGCGGCCGCCACUCAGCCUUAACUUCAGCUUGUUGAUGUUCACGAGUUCGGGACUGCUGGUGAGGUAUCUGAAGGUGUUUGAGAAGAGCAACUAUUCGAGCGUCAAGUGGGUGCGGUACAUGACGAGGGCGGGUUCCUAUGAGAUACGAUUCUAG